AUGAAGCUUCCAUUACUUCUAGAACAAAGCAAAAUUAGCGUUUACCAGAGAGCAGUUUCGAAGCUAAAUAGAAUCGUGUGUAGGAAGCUUUUGACUGCUUAUUCCAUGCGAGCAUUAAAAAUUAAGUCUUUGCCCAUGAGCUUGACGGAUCUCGAUUCAUUAUUGCGUUGUUGUUCAAGUCGAAGUCACUCUUUAAGUGCUCGAAAUGCUUCCAAAAAAAACUCCAAUCACGAUCAACUCGAUGUCAUCAUAAGCUUUUCAAUUAAGUGA